AUGAAACCAUCAGAACCGGAUAAAAUGGUCAGAGCCCUGAAGAGAAGGGCAGAGGCAUACAAACCACUGUCUGAAAUGCAACACGGGUUCAACAAGGAACAAUAUUCCAAGAGAGAGCUUCGCCAGCUGGUGGAGGAACAUUUCCCGGAGGCAACCGACCCUGACUCCGGACCGGUCCUAGAUCUGAGAGAUACGCUGAGGGGGAUUGAGGAAGAGGUUCGAGGGAUUAAGACUAUGGAAGAACAGCUCAAAAUCGUCUGCAAUCAACUCGACGACGUUUUCUUCUUCGGUCUUACAAGGGUUUAUACUAGGGCCAAACCUGAUCAGGAACCUCUCCGUCUCGUGAGGCUCAAAGUCAUGAAGAAACCUGCAUCAGGGCGCCUACGCGGAGGAUUCCGACAUGAGGACAAUUUCAUACGAAUCUACGUCGACGAGGAGUUGAGCGUUGGGAAGUACAUUGGAACUCUGGCUCACGAGAUGGCACACGCAUACCUCUUCAUGUUCGCCGAAGACUACGCCCUCGAUCUUGCGCCCGACCACGGUGCCAGAGGAGCCCACUCGUCGGAAUGGGGCUCGAGGGCACGCGAGGAGAAUUGGCUCGCACAGGGUCCACACAAUCCAGGAGGAUAUGACCUCGCUGGAGACGACAACCUCGAAGGAAUAGGUAAUCUCCCGGAAGGAACAUACCUCCCACAGGGAUCUCGCUCAGAAGAUUACUCUUCAGAAGACCUUCCAGAAGACGAAAACCUCCCAAGUGGAGCGCAGUUUCCAGGAGGAGAACCUUUAGGGGUAGAAGGGCGUUCAGGAAGAGAGCAAGGUUCCAGCAAAAAGCACCGCUCAGAUAAAGAGCACGGUUCCAGCAAGGAGCACCACUUCAGCAAGCACCGUUCCAGCAAAGAGAACCGAGAGCAUCGCCCAGGCAAGGAGCCUCACACAGGAGGGGGCCACCACCCGGAGGGAAGUCGCCGCCAGGAAGGACAUCAGCAUUCCGAAAGGAAGCAUCAUAACAAGGGAGGCAAGGACGAUUCUAAGGGAGACAAGGAACGCCCCAAGAGCAGAGACAACCAUCGUCCCAAGGGCAAAGAGAAGGAACGCUCCGAGAGCAUCGACAAGCAUCGUUCCGACAAGCAUCGCGCCAAGGGCAAAGAGAAGGAAAGCUCCUCCAAGGGUAAAGAGAAGGAAAGCUCCUCCAAGGGCAAGGAGAAAGAAAGCUCCAAGGGCAGAGAGAAGGAACGCUCCAAGGACGAAGGCAAGCAUCGCAAGCACAGCAAGCGUUGA